AUGGAAUACCUACCGAAUUUCACGUUUGGCGAAUCUGUCACAAAUACAGCGGAAAGCUAUAAUAUUUCCUUUUUUCUGGAACACGGACAGAUAAACGCAACGACAAGUGAAGAAUACGUUUACUUCCUCCAGAUGCUGGCAACAUGCGCCGUGGUAUGUCCUAUUAUUCUGUCCAUAUUUCUUAUACUAGGUCUAAUUGGCAACGGGCUGGUUAUUGGAAUUAUCUGCACCAGCAAACAUUUGCGGACUCGUCCAAACAUUCUGUUUCUAAAUCUUGCUAUCUCUGAUUUAUUUUUCCUAUUAAUCUGCAUACCACUACAGGCGGCCUACUAUGGCAAAAAAUAUGACUUAUUCAUAGGGGAAGGACUGUGCAAAUUCUUUAAAUAUUCCAUAUUUGUCACAACUGGCGUUGGAGGAUACUCUCUGGCUACAAUCGGCGUGUUUCGUUGCAUUGCCAUAUCGAAGCCAAUGCAUUCAGCUCGGUUCCUGACCAAAUGGCGCGUAACAUUGACAUGUGGCAUCAUUUGGGUCAUAAUGUGUGUUGUCAAUGCCCCAGUCGCCCUUCACUACACCGAACAUGGCUACCGUAGCUGUCAACCUGUGUUUGAACACCGGUACCAGGAGGCAUAUUUUGUCGCCAGCACAACCGCCAUCGACGUCUUUUUACCCAUCACGGUAUCCCUCAUUGCCUCUACGUGUAUAGUUCAGGCUCUCCGCAAGCACCAGAUGUCUAUGAACGACCUCGGCGAGAACCAGGGGAUGGAACAAUCGAAGAAGAACUCAAAGAGAUUAUUGGUUCUACUCGGAACCGUCACCGUUCUGUUCGUCGUGUGCUGGGUGCCAUUUACAAUAUUAACGAUAUGCAGUUACCUCCGGGUUACUCCAAAGGGUAUCACGUACGUCGUCAUAGCAACCAUAGCCCAGAUGCUAGCAUUUUCAAAUUCUUGUUUAAAUCCCAUCGUUUAUAACUUCGUUUCGCGGGAGUUUCAGAUAGGAUUCCGACAGACUUGUGGAGCACGGAAGGGACAUGGAACACCUGCAAGGCAGUUUCUACACGGGACGUCAACAAAGCUAACUAAUUUACGGAAGUGUAAUGUGACAGAGAGUCCCCCAUAA